GGCCUAUUAUUUGCACUGUGAAUAACCUAGAUCGCCGUGUACAGCACACGAUUUAUAUCAAUGGUCUAUAAGUAUGUAGGCCUAGUUCCAAAGUGUAUAUUUGUGCAGGGGUUAGCUAUAGACUAUAAAACAUUAUAAGAGCAAAAUACACAACUGCAAACACGGAAAAUGGCUUUCAAAUGUCCCCCAGAAGCUCUGUUACGUCCUCUUAUCAGGCAGGGAAUGAAUAUGGUGAGAAACAACAGUAGCUCGGCGAGCGGAACGUACAGAGCAGCGACUGUCACUGAGCUAGGAAAACCGUUACUUAUUCAGAAUCUUCCCAGGAAACCAUUGAAAAAAGAUCAGGUCCGAGUAGCUGUGAAAUGCUGUGGGAUAAAUUUUGGGGAUAUUUUGAUGACGCAGGGUAAAUAUCAGGAGAAGUUUGAAUUACCCUUUACCCCGGGUACAGAGACUAGUGGGGUCGUGUUGGAAGUAGGGGACGAGGUGAAGAAUGUGAAACAGGGGGACCAUGUCAUGGGGAAUAUGAUGGGAGGAUUCGCUGAGGAGGUAGUGGUUGACUCCAAGAUGAUAUGGGGGAUGUAUCCGGGAAUGGAAUUUAAGACGGCAGCUUCCCUCGUGACAUCAUACGGUACUGCUCAGAUGGGACUUGUUAGACGCGCCAACAUACAAGAAGGGGACGUUGUUCUCGUCACUGCGGCAGCUGGGGCAGUAGGACUUGCUGCAGUUGAUCUCGCCGCUAAUGUUUACAACGCUACUGUCAUCGGCGCCUGUGGUGGCCCUGAAAAAUGUGAACUCAUCAAAAAAUUCGGCGCAAAAUAUGCAAUAGAUUACAAAAAAGAAAGCAUACGGGAACGCGUUAAGGAAAUCACUAAGGGCAAGGGUGCUAACAUUAUUUUCGAUGCAGUUGGCGGAGAUGUUUUCAAUGAAUGCCUCAGAAGCAUUGCGUUCGAAGGACGAAUAGUUGUAGUAGGAUUUGCUUCCGGGGAAAUCCCAAAAAUCCCGGCAAAUAUUCUGUUGGUAAAGUCCUGUUCCGCGGUCGGGUUAUACUGGGGAAGCUACAGUCAGCGGGACCCUAAAGCCUUUAUUGAGUCCGUUACACAGUGUAUGGCCCUUAGUGCAUCGAAGACCGUGACACCACACGUAUCAAAAACAUUCCCACUCGAACAAGUGAACGAAGCUCUUUUAUAUGUUGGUAACAGGAGUUCUACGGGGAAGGUGGUGGUCAGAGCGGGGCCAGAGCCAUGAUAAAUCUAGUGAGAGAAAAAUAUUGAUUCAAAUGAUAAUUGUGCUGCUCUAUAGCCUUUAAGACUGCAAAAUAGCCAUUACAUGUAUCUACAUAUUCGCAAUUAGCAUGGACGAAUGCAGAAAGAAGAUUGAUUUUACAUAUUUUAUCCCGAGUACUACGUUAAUCCAAGGACGUCCUUGGUUAAUCAUUGUUAUAAAUAAGUUCGAAUGCAUGCCCAAAAUUGUCCAUAAAUGGACCACAUAGAUAAAUGGACACUUAUUCUAAGUUAAUAAUAAUUUCCAUACACAGGGUCUUCAUUCCUUCUUACGUUAUCUCGUCUAUCUUUAGCUGCAAGAAAACGAAAGACCAUAAACUAUAUCCGAGGACGUCCUUGCUAUAUCUUUACAUUUCUAAUCAAAUAAUGAGGGAGUUGCAAAAUAGCUCAAUAAAGCUGAAUGACUAGAUGUCGCCACUUGUAUUAAAAUGUUUUGGCAGGGCCAGACUGCCAUAUGGUUCAAAGAUAAAAUCUUUGGUUUUAAACAAUUUUAAAGGGGCAACAUGGCCUGUAGAGAGAAAAUAGGAAAAUUUUAACUUUUUCUGUGCUAUCAAGACUAUCAAGUUCAAAGCUUUAAAAAGGGGAAAUCCACUUUUAUA